CCAGGACCAUCACCCAAACCAAGCAUCUACACUUUUGACAAUCAACACUCUCUGCCUAACAAUGGCCCGUACCAAGCAAACUGCCCGCAAAAGCACAGGCGGUAAGGCUCCUCGAAAGCAGCUCGCGGUGAAGUCCGGCAAAAAGGCUCCCAUUCACCAUCCACCUGCUGGUGGUGUCAAGAAGCCUCAUCGGUUCCGUCCUGGUACCGUUGCCCUUCGCGAGAUUCGUCGUUACCAAAAGUCGACGGAGCUACUCAUCCGUAAGCUUCCUUUCCAACGACUUGUCCGCGAAAUCGCACAGGACUUUAAGACCGACCUCCGGUUCCAAUCAUCAGCCGUAAUGGCGUUACAAGAAGCGGCCGAGGCGUAUCUUGUGUCGCUGUUUGAGGAUACCAACUUGGCUGCUAUCCAUGCCAAACGUGUGACUAUUCAGCCGAAGGACCUUGCUCUUGCCCGACGUCUGCGUGGCGAACGUUCGUAGAAGUUUUCAUUUGAUAUCCGCUAAUCUUCUUUGCUGCGACUUCGUUGUCUCUUGGUAUAUCUCUAUGUUCUUAACUUCCCAUUUGAGAAUUUUGCUGGCGUUUGUCUUGUUUUCUAUAAUGAGCAGAAAUUAGACUUGUCUUAAGCUUCUUGCUCUUCGGUGACCCGGCUUGGGUAAGAUGUCCGGCCAUGCAUUCUCAUGCUUAAAGACAAGACAAGACAUCACAUCUAUAAAGUGCCAGUUCUAAUUUCAAAGACGUUGUGACCACCACGCACCAAGUACUGAUAAUCAGCACCAAUAGCCUGCACCAAGCAAAUUGUGCGCGAGUACUCAUAUUUGUCAAUCUGUGCUGUAUCAUUGGGAGCCCGGCGCCCACUGGCAGCACUAGCUGUGAUGAGAGAACGUG